AUGCUGUGUGACUUUAACUACGGCACCAACAAGCUGGCCUUUGGCUCAGGGACCAGACUGUCUGUCCAGCCAAAUGUUACUCCAUCUCCUUCAGUCUACAGGCUGACCUCUAAAGAUGAUGAGGAUUUGGAAAUGUGCCUUAUCACAGAUUACAUCCCUGACAAGCUUAGUCUUAACUGGGCUGAUAAGUACACAAGUGCUGUUGUGGGGAUGGCAACAUCUGAGGAAAAAGAGGAAGCGAGUUACCUGUCAACCUACUGGGCCAAGAAAGAUGAAAUGCAGUGCGGUGCAAAUCACGAGGGCUUUGGAGAACUGGAGGGCGAGGAGCCUGAAAGUGGUGCCAGCACUGUCUGUGUUACAGGGUUGUCUCUACACUUCAGGACAGAUGAAAACCUGAACAUGAUGUCUUUAUCACAGCUGGGCCUGAAAAUAAUUUUAAUGAAAGGAAUAAUUUUUAAUGUGCUGAUGACGAUGAUUAUGUGGAAAAAAAAAGAAUGAAAGUAACCAGAUGGUGCAGCCCUGAAGUACCAAAAAAAAAUCUGCUGAGGAAUCUUUACCAGAGCAUUGUGUGCAGGAGGGAACACGCACUCCUGUUGCAAGGCAUAUCACUUGCUGUUUCUGUAUAUCACGCCAGACAUCAUAGUCUGAAUUGCUUAUUUUGCAUUGUUAUAAAGCUAUUAAAAAAUAAGCUUAAAAUUUCCAGCAUUCUGCUCCCCCACAAGCCUGAUUUAUUUAGCAUGACAAUGCCUCUUAUUGAAUGACGCGUAGUUUGCUAUAACUAUAAAUUGCCAAACAUCACUAUUACUUGUAUUAAAAUGACACACAAGUUCUGCUUGGGGCAGUGUUGUUUGUUGAAAACUGCAUGCUAAAUAUCACUUGAAUGUGAAUUUUUCAUACUUUGGUAGCUUUCAGGUAUGCACAUCUUAAAGUGCCUCCCCACAGACACCAUUUCAGUAACAAAUAAAACACUCUAAAGAGCAGAGGGAGACUUAUUCAGGGUGCUGUGCACCAUGUCCUGCUAUCUUUUCCUAGACAAGAGCAAGGUAUCUUUUAGUUUCUCCCUAAAAGGUAUGCUGCUAGGUCUCCCAGAAGUCCUUAAUUCAGUGAAAUUCUCACUUCAUUUUCACAGAACAAAAGAACGCUUUUUAGUAUUUUUUUUAAGUCUAUCUGGCCUUAAGUUUUUCUGAAUUUAAACCAGCUUAGAAUUUGGCUUUGUGUUUAGUAGAAAUACAAACUGCUUUUGUUCUUUUUUAGUUCUAAACACCUCAGAUUUCCCAAUUUCUUUUUAUAUCAUUGCAUAAAACUAAACUGAAAUAUUUACCUGUCCAUGUGCACACUCCUUGGAGACAGUGCAUGCAUGUGAAAGUCGCAUGCUGCUAAUUCUUGAAUUGUGCUGGCAACCGCUCUGAUGUCUUGGCAUUUCUUUAGGCCUGUGGCUGCUAUUAAACAAUUCUUACCAA